GUGUGCGCAUGCGCGCUUCCGUUUGCCGUCAUCAUGGCAUGGGCCUGAAGAGAAGAGGAGCUCUUGCGGCUUCAUGGAGUCGGCGGUGGAGGAACUGAUGCCCCGGCUCCUGCCUGUCGGGGACUGCGACCUGGCGGAGGAUUUCGACCCCACUGUGCCCCCCAGGACCCCCCAGGAGUACUUAAAGCGAGUCCAGAUUGAAGCUGCAAAAUGCCCUGAUGUUGUUGUGGCUCAAAUAGACCCCAAGAAGUUGAAAAAGAAGCAGACUGUGAACAUUUCACUCUCAGGAUGCCAGCCUGCCCCAGUGGGCUUCUCUCCGACACUGAAAUGGCAGCGAGAACAAGUGGCACACUUUUCAGCCAUUCGUCAGAAUGUGAACAAGCAUAGAAGUCAUUGGAAGUCACAGCAACUAGACAGUAACGUAGCAAUUCCCAGACCUGAUGAUGAAGAAGGCUGGAAAAAAUUUUGUCUGGGUGAGAAGUUAUAUUUAGAAACAGCAGUUCAAGUACCCAGUGAUGACAGUGAAGGAAUUGAUUAUGUGCAGAUUGGCUUUCCUCCAUUCCUGAGCAUUGUUAGCAGAAUGAAUCAGGCAACAGUAACUGCUGUUUUGGAAUAUCUGACAAACUGGCUUGCAGCAAAGGAAUUUACUACAGAGCUGGGCCGAUGGCUUUAUGCUCUACUGGCCUGUCUUGAAAAACCAUUGUUACCAGAAGCUCACUCUCUAAUUCGGCAGUUGGCCAGACAAUGCUCUGAAGUGAGAGUAUUGGAGGAGAAUAAGAAUGAUGAAAAAGUAUCUGCUCUGAACUUGAUAAUUUGUUUAGUUGGCAGAUAUUUUGACCAGCAUGAUCUGGCUGAUGAGGAAACCUGAAAAAAUCUGGAGAGAAUAUGCAUAAGCACAGAAUGUUGUGGUUGUUAAUCAGCUAACUUCUCUGGAACUCCAGUGCAAAGAAUGGCAGACAUGUCCCACCUUGCAGUAUGAUCUCACUGGCUAGGGAGGAUUACAUGAUCUGUAAACAGAGUAGCAUAAACUUUUUUAAAAGCAAGAGUGUUGCUUGGUACUCAGCUUGGAAGAGCUCAGCAGCAGAGUGCCUACACACAUUAUUAUCUUUAUUUCAUUUUAAAAAUGCAGGAUUGAAUUGGUCUGAUACACAUGAUGUAUAAUAAUUUUUAUGUUUUAUAAUAAAAUUUUCAAAAGUU